AUGUCUUUGAGCUUUGAGCAUGAGCCAUUUCAACUCGAGCGUUUGACCGUUUCGAUCCUUGAAUUUGAGCCUCGUGACACUUGGGCAUCUGUGCUCUGGACGCGGUCAACGGGGCACAUUGAUAUCAAAUUCUUGGGUAUCCCGGGAUGGGGCCCUGUCGUCGGAGACAUGGCUCAUUGGGCCUCCGAUCUCUCCUUUCCGUCACAGCAGAGCACGCAUGAAGCGGACCCUCAAAGACAGGCUGAAGGAGUGGGGAUUUUAGCCGAUGUUAUCGUUCCACACAAAAAGAUAAAUAGUCAUAUCUUAUAG